GUUGAGCGACGGUGAAAUAAAAUGUGCUCAAAAUGGAUUUACAUUGUGCGCUGCAUAGUUACAUAGGAUUAACGCAAUUAUGUGGACGGGUAGAAUAUUCUGGAAAGGCUAUCAUCACACCCUCGAUGAAGCAGACGUGUACGAUGUUCUCCCCCAAGACAGAACGGUCAAAUUAUCAAAUAAUCUUGCCAGACAAUGGGAAAAGGAACUUUAUAACUACAAAACUGGAGGAAGGCCAAAGCUGACCAGAGCCCUAUGGAGAUGUUACCGCACACAAAUUUUGACUUUCACGCUCCUCAUAUUUCUAGAGGAAUGCAUUCGUUUAGUCCAAGCUGUGCUUAUGGGAAUGUUUAUCCAGCUUUUUGAGGUUGAUGACACCCAAAACAACACAAUGACCUUUGCCAGCACUAGAAGCAAUCAAACUAUCGCCAGACCAGACAUCUUUUUACUCAUCACAUUCAUCAUCUUGUCCUACCUAGUCAGCAUUUUCCUUGAUCACAAUUUUUUCCAUCAUGGUUAUAGGAUGAGAGUGGCUACCACGUCAUUAAUAUACAGAAAAGUAAUGAGGAUGUGCAGCUCUUCAUUGAAGCCUGCAACCAUGGAGACAAUUAUGAAUCUUGUUACAAAAGAAAUGGAUGUUUUCCCAGUGGUGGUGUUACCAGCAACUUAUAUUAUGAUUGGACCAGUACAGUUAGCAGUCACAUGUUAUCUGCUCUGGGAUUGGUUAGAUCUAGGUCCAGCUAGUGUUACAAGUUUAAUCAUUCUGUUCUUCAUGUUUCCUUUACAAGUCAUCAUGGGACGCCUAUCUCGAAUACUAAGAGAAAGACUGGACAGCCUUACCAACAGUAGGCUUCGACAUCUUCAGCUGGUUAUAUCUGGACUGGAAGAAAUGAAAACUUCUAAUUUAGGAGAGUUCUGUGUGAAAGUAAUUGGCAGAGCAAGAAAAGCAGAACUAAACCUCAUAAGAAAACUCUCCAGACUCCAAGCUUUUAACAGCUCCAUGACCCUGACCUCUGGCAAGGCCGUUGUCAUGGCAACGUUCGUGCUGCUGGUGGUCAUGGGUCAUGACAUAAACGCAACCAAAAUCUUCACAACGCUGGCCCUGUUGGAGUCACUGAGAGUGAGCAUGAGCAUACUGUUGCCAGCUGGCAUGUUGGCACUGUCUGACACCUUGGCCACACUCAGGAGGGUGGAGAAAGUGCUACUGCUGCCAGAAAAGUCAUCUGCUCUAAGCCGGCCCUCACCCGUGGCACUGAAUGAGGAGACUGUUGUCAAAUUCAGCAACUAUUUUGCUAGCAAAGACAAGAGUUUUGAUGCCCAGAUGGUGCUAGUCAAUAUUGAUGUGGAUAUAGAAAAGAGCAAACUUUACUGCAUUAUUGGACCUCCAGACAGUGGCAAAAGUUGCUUUCUUCUGGCAAUACUAGGAGAACUUGAGAGACACAAAGGGCAUAUCUUUUAUGAGGGCAAACUAGGAUAUGUGCCAGCUAGGCCUUGGCUGUGUCCUGGCACCAUACGUGACAAUAUUGCAUUUGGUUCAGAGUUUUCUCAUUCCAGAUAUACUCAAGUGCUAAAUGCAUGUGCACUUAAUCAGGUGGUUGAUUCUUUGCCACUUAGAGAUCAGACAGUGGUUGGGGAAAGAGGUCUGGCCCUUGACCCCAGCAUUCAAGCCAAGAUAACUCUAGCAAGAGCUGUGUAUCAAAACUGUGAUAUUUAUCUAAUCGAUGAUAUUUUAAAAGGAAUGGAUGCAAAAUCAGCUAUGCAUAUAUAUAAAAAGUGUAUAUGUGGACUUAUAAGAUCUAAAACAAGACUAGUUAUAACUGACAACACCCAGCACACACAGGUGGCUCACAAAAUUAUCUUAAUGUCUCAGUGUAGAAUACAUCAUUUUGGUAACUACACUGAACUUCUAGAGUGCGGUGUGAAUAUCAGCAAAAUUCUGACCACUAGAUCAUACAAAAAUCUGGAAAGAAGCAGAAUUGCUGACUCAGCUUCUCCGCUUAUCCAGGACCUCUCUAGCACCAACCUAGCCCUCAGUUUGUCUUCUAAUACUCUCAAUGGAAAUGGAAAAGACACUACGUCAGGGUCAGCGUUUGACAUCCUACAAGCAGAUUUUAAGGAGUCAGGUGACCCACUGAUCUCCAGUGAUGGAGAUAGCAACCACAGUGGCCCAUUUCAUAAGAGAUCAAUUUACACCACCUACUUCUUGCUUGGGGGUGGAAUUUUUGGCAUUUUCUUUUUUACCAUUAUCAGCUUACUUGAGCAGGGUGCCUUUGUUUUGUGUGAAUGGUGGUUGGCUUAUUGGUCCGAGAACUACCAGAACACAAGUGCCAAUGUUUAUUAUGAAAACCCUUUGAUAGGACAAGCAACUUCCUCCCUGGACUACCAGAUUUAUGUUUACAUUGGUAUUGUGGCAGUGACCAUCCUACUUGGCCUUCUGCAAGCCAUUGUGUUUUAUGCUUUGGCCCAAAAGGCAGGCUGGCUUCUGCAUGAUCUGGCAAUAGGAUCUCUGCUACAGGCACCACUUUCUUUCUUUGAUGCAAACAGUAGAGGGGGAGUACUCAGUCAUUUCUUGAGGGACGUUGGAAUCGUGGAUUCAUUACCGCCUGUCUUACUUGAUCUAAUAGAGUCAAUAAGUGUCCUGCUAGCCACAUCCCUUAUAGUAUGCUGUGUCAACUACUGGCUGUUUAUUCUGAUCAUCCCUUUACUUUUGCUGUUCAUGUGGGCAAGGGAUAGAUUUCACAAAGCUACACAAGAUGUGGAGCGCAUUGAACUUGCAUCCAAAAGUGCAGUGGCAGCUCAUGUUGUGAGCAGCAUGGAGGGCAUACAAACCUUGAGAUCCCUGAAUGUGGAGCAGAGGUUCCUACACAAGUUUGAUGUGUACCAGGACAGAAGCACUGCUGCAUGCUACCUUCACCUUGCUGCCAACAGGUGGUUUGGGAUCCGAGUUGAUCUGAUUGGGUUAGCCAUUGUUGCUGGUGUGGUUGUAGCAGGCUUCCUUGUUGUUGAAAUACAAGAAUUGUACAUACCAGCAUCCUUGAUUGCUUUGUCACUUUACUAUGCCAUCAACCUUAUCAACGUUAACCAGUCUGUCAUUCGCAAAUCAGCUGCAGUACACUUUAAGAUGAACUCAGUUUCCCAUCUCUUGCAAUACUACCAACUGUCACCUGAAGUGCCAGUCAUUGUAGAGUCAGAUACACCAACCCCUUUGGGUUGGCCCAGAUAUGGAAUAAUAACAUGUGAAGGGGUCUCUGUUCUUCUAUCCAAUGGUGCACCAGCCAAGGGAGGUAACUUACUGAGGAAUCUCUGGUGCUGUGUCAGAGCCCAAGAAAAAAUGGGGAUGAUAUUUGGAACAGCCUCCGAGCAAAGAGCAUUUCUCUCAAUGUUGUUCCGUCUCACUGAAUUUGAGGGUGUGGUGCGUAUUGAUGGUGUUGAUAUUUUAAAAGUGCAGAAAGACAAGUUAAGAGACAAGGUCACUUACAUCUCACAGAAUCCAACAUUAUUUAUUGGUACCAUAAGGGAGUGUAUAGACCCAGAGAAUCAUUUUACAGAUGCACAAGUAUGGAAGGUGUUGGAGGAGGUACAUCUCUCCAUACUGGUCCAAAAUCUUGGCCAAAAACUGGCCACCGACAUAGCUCCACUGGCAGAUGGGAUGACCGUUGGCCAGAGACAGCUGUUGAGGCUAGCAGGGGCCAUGUUGCAGCAGUCCAAAAUUAUUAUUUAUGAAGAGCCAAGUUCUAGUCUAGACAUAAUGUGCAAUAUAAUAAUUCAAGGAGUCUUACGUACACAGUUCCCAACCAGUACAGUCAUUCAUAUAGCACACUUACCUGAUUCUGUUAUACACACAGACAGGAUUAUGAUAUUUUCCGAGGGGAGGAUCGCGGAGGUAGACACACCUUUUUACCUGCUACAAAACCCAAACAGUAAACUAAGCAGCAUGGUGGCAGACCUGGGGUCCACCCAAGCAGAAAACUUGAACCAGCUGGCGUUAAACAAGCAUGAGAAUCGUCCAUACGUGGCGCCUCACAUUGAUCCUGAAGAUUUCCAAGACUUCUCACCUCCUCUGGGAGGGGAUCUAAAAUCCCCGAACAAUCUAAACGUUCUGCCGACCUUUCAUUCGUCAAGACUUGCCGGAGUUUUGAACCAGCUGCCCACGAACAAAUUUUCUACAGAUAGGUUAUAACUUCAAUGACAUACAGCUUUAUCUGUAACAAAAAUAAAACUGCACAAUUGUAAGACUAUAUAUAAAAGCUUAUGUAUUUUGGUGAUGUAAUAUUUUGCUUGUGUUUGCUUCUAACCUACAUUUUCUAACAGGUAGUAGCAUUCAACAACAAAUAUAAUUCUAUAUGUAAAAUAAUUAAUGUAAUAUAUAACCUUUAUCAAUGCAUAAAAAUUGUUUUGCAUUUUGUUUAAACAAUGAUUAUUUAGCAACUGGAGUGCUGUUUUUAAUUUGAUCUGCUAAUUUUAUCUUGCGCUGUUGAAAAUAUUGAUAUAAGACUUGUUGAAAGAAAGCUACCAUUCUGAUAUAUUUUUGGCAGCAUUAA